AUGGCAGAGCCAAGGCCAUCCACAGACCAGGAGAGUGCACCCCUGCUCGCCGGCGCAGGCCACGAUCACGACGACGAUGACGAGCCGCAGCGCAAGGCCUUUCUCGGCAUAUACGAUCCGUCGCGACCCCUCACGGCCCUGGAGCGCGUCCUUGCAGUGACCGCGUUGCUCCUCCUACUCGUCUCGGGCACCUUUAUCGGUCUCUUUGCGGGUACAGAGCACACCCUCAAGAAGGAGCGCAAGCACCAUGACAACUCGCCCGACCACCCGACUGUCACUGCAACGACAACCGAAGUGACGACCACGACUGUCCCUGUCCCCGGCCCCACCGGUGGUGUCCCCUCCAAGGGUGUUUGCACCACUCCCGAUUGUGUACUGCUGUCGGCCUCCAUUCUCAAGGGCAUGAAUGCCUCUGUCGACCCUUGCGACAACUUCUACCAGUUUGCCCUUGGCGGUUGGCUCGACUCGGUGACAAUCCCUGCCGACCGGGCUCUCGCUGGCUCGUUCUACGAGGUUGCCGAUAACAACAAGCGUAUCAUCAAGAAGAUUAUUGAGGCUAUCCCCGAGGAAGAAGGAGAUUCGCUUGAUGCCGAGAACGAAAACCUCCAGAAGCUCAGGCGCAUGUACGAUAGCUGCAUGGACGUCAACACCCUCAACACUGUCGGACUGGAGCCCUUCCUUCCGCUCUCCGACUUUGUCCUCGAAUCGUUUGGCAAGUUUAACCUCAACCCGAUGCCCGGAGACGAUGCGUUUGUGGGUGGUGACGAUGUCACCGGAGCGUACACCGACGACUAUGUGCUUCCCGCAGAGCUCGUCAAGGCUGCGGCCGAGGUCGAGUACUACCGCAAUGCCAAGAACCGCGGCUCAUUUGGCCCUGCCCCUACUGAGCAUGUCGCGACCGAGUCCCUCGUCGACCUGAAGACUCCGGAGAUUUCCAAAGAGCGCCGUGACAAGAUCACCAAGACUCUUGCUUUCCUCCACUCCCGUGGUGUCGACUCGCUGGUCCAAUUUGCCAUUGAGGGCGACGCUGGCGGUGAGGACCCCCAAGUGCAGUCUCUCUGGCUGUACCAGUCGUUUGGAGGUCUGCCUUCCAAGGAGUACUACGAAGAGGCGCCGAUUGUGGACCUCUACCAGAGCGUUGUUGCCGGCAUCCUGCAGAACAUUGCCGAGACGUCUGACAAGGACUCGUUCAUCAAGCGCGACAUCGUCGUCGACGUUGCCCAAGAGCUUGCCGAGGAGCUCGCAGCCGAUGUGGCUGACGGAUGGCCGUGGCCGUGGCCUGGGGACGACAAGCCCCAGCCAGGCCAGUCGCUCGAGGAGCGCAUGCGCAAGCUCGCUGCCCAAGUCGUCCAGUUUGAGCGCAAGGUUGUCAAAGCGGGUACUGACUUCGAGUUCCUCAUGAACCCGCACUACGCGUACAACCCGUACUCGUUUGACGAGGUCAACGACGCGCUUGGCUUCCUCGACCUGCCCACGUACCUGUCCACCUUUGCACCGCGCAUCAGCCCCUCCAACAUCACUGUCACCUAUCCACCCUACCUCAAGGCCAUCACGAAGCUCGUGGCCAACGUCCCCGACCACGUCCUGUCUGGGUACUUUGUCGCCAAGCUUGCAUUGUCUUACGCUCCCGCCCUCGGCCCCGAGGUCGGCGUGCGUUCUGAGAAGCGCCGUCUCGAGGAAGUCCUCCAGGGUAUCAAGAAGGGUACUGAGGAGAACCGUCAGGACGUCUGCCUUCGCUGGGUCGACAACACCGUUGGCUACAUUGCCGGUCGCGAGUUCGUUCGUGAGGCCUUCUCGCCCGAAGCCAAGGUCGACGGCGAGAAAAUCAUCACCGACAUUGUCUCGGCGUUCCACAAGAAGCUCCCCAGCAUCAAGUGGAUGGACGCCGAGUCUGCUGCCGCUGCGCAGAAAAAAGCCGAGGCCAUCCUCCCCAAGGUUGGUUACCCGCUGUACCCCGACACCACCAAGCCGGAAUCCAUCAAGAACUGGUACUCUCGCCUCUCCAUUGACCGCUCCGAUUUCUUUGGCAACGUUCUCCGUUCCGAGCUCCUCGACAACUCGCGCACAUGGCUCACCCUGGGUCGCCAGCGCAACCGAGACUCCUGGGAAAUGCUCCCACAGACAGUCAACGCCUAUUACAGCCCUCCCGACGGCGAGAUUGUGUUCCCCGCAGGUAUCCUCCAGCCGCCCUUCUACCAUCUCUCGUGGCCCGCAUACCUCCGCUACGGCGCAUUUGGCGCAGUGGCCGCACACGAGCUCACACAUGCGUUUGACAACUCCGGCGCGCAGUAUGAUGAGAAGGGGCGUCUGAGGGACUGGUGGACCAACCAGACUGUCGCUGCGUUUGAGGAGCGUGCGCAGUGCGUCGCAAAGCAGUAUUCCAAGUUCUAUGUCCUCGACCCCGAGGGCAACAAGGUCUUCGUCAACGGAAACCUCACCAACGGCGAGGACAUUGCCGACUCGGGCCUCGCCCAAGCUUACGCCGCAUGGCGUGCCGUCACUCCCGACGACAAGCCCUUCUCCCUCCCUGGCCUCGACUUUACGCCUGAGCAGCUCUUCUUCUUGUCGUUUGCGCGCGUGUGGGCCCAGAUCGCACGCCCCGCCACGGCUGUCGCGCGCGUGCGCACUGACCCGCACUCGCCGCCGUACUGGCGUGCGAUCGGCACGCUGCGAAACCUGCCAGCGUUCCACGAGGCGUUUGCAUGCAAGCCUGGUUCUGGAAUGAACCCGCUCAAGAAGGACCAGUGCGAGCUCUGGUAA